GACAAAAAUACAAAAACGAAACCAAAAGUGAAUUGAAUUUGAAAUGAAUUUAUAAUUUAAUUGAGUUUUAGGUCUCAUUUAUGACUCAAUUCAUUACCACUGGAUCUGCUAUAAGAGUGUUGACGCCAUUGAGAUGACAGUCGGCGUGUGAUUGCAUGCACAGAGAGAUUAGAUCGACUGAUAAGAUAAGAGACUUAAAAAGACAUACAAUACUCGCCACCACUUGCGAGGGUCUGGUGUAUGAAAGGGGCGGUUAGUCUAUUGGAUGCCAUGACGAACAACUCCGCGAAUGAAGACAAUGGAUCAGAUCGGCGGCCGUUGACCGCCAAUCAUCGGCGCCAACACCGCAGCGGCACCGACACGACCGGCACUUCUACGGCCGACUUCUACGACAUAAACAAUCACUUCUAUGCCAUCAAUGAGCGACCCGUCGAUGACAUAAGUCUGGAGUUCUUCUACAGACCGCAUACCAUCUCACUGUUGACGGUCUCUAUUGUACUCGUCUUCUACUCGGCCUUCACUCGCGAUGACAGUGCCGUUGAGGACAACACGUGGAGUGGAUUACUGUGUGUCGUCUUCUUCUUCCUGAUUAUAUCGAUGCUGGCCUUCCCUAACGGCCCCUUCACUCGACCCCAUCCGGCCGUCUGGCGACUCAUCUUCGGCUUAAGUGUCUUGUAUUUAAUGGCUUUACUGUAUAUACUGUUCCAGAACUACAAGACCGUGAAGUCCAUUAUGUAUUGGUUUUAUCCGGACUUACAGUCCUUUCGCAUCGACUCCGAGAAACAAUAUGCGUACAACUGUUCGGACAUAACGGUGGAGAGGGUGUGGCAGACGAUGGAUGCGUUCGCUUGGGGCCACUUCUUGGGCUGGACUAUGAAGGCGAUGCUCGUCCGCCACUACGGCAUCUGUUGGACGAUAUCAGUCACGUGGGAGAUAACAGAGAUGCAGUUCGCGCACCUCCUGCCCAACUUCGCCGAGUGCUGGUGGGACUCCAUUGUGCUCGACGUCAUUGUCUGCAACGGAUUGGGAAUACUGUUCGGGAUGUGGAUCUGUCGGAUGCUGGAGAUGCGGACAUACAAGUGGGAGAGCAUUAAAGAGAUUAAGUCGACGUCGCAGAAGAUAAGGCGAGCGCUGCUACAGUUCACGCCCGUGGAGUGGACGCACGUGCAUUGGUUCGACCCAACCCGCACGUACGUCCGCUUCCUGGCCGUCACCCAACUGGUCAUCUUCUGGCAGUUGACUGAAUUGAACACAUUUUUUCUCAAACACAUCUUCGACAUCCCGCCCGACCAUCCCCUGUGCGUCGGUCGCAUAGGACUCGUGGGUCUCAUAGUCGCCCCGUCUAUACGCCAAUACUACACGUACGUGACGGACAGUCGGUGCAAACGGGUGGGCACACAGUGCUGGGUGUUUGGCGCCGUGAUGCUGACCGAAGCGCUCAUAUGUAUUAAGUUUGGACUGAAUCUGUUCGCACAAACCCAGAUCCAAAACAUUAUCGUAUGGCUCGUCGUUCAGUUGCUUCUGAGCGUCGCGUGUAUAUCUGCGUGUAUUUGGUGGGCUAAGUACACAACUACCGGUGCCACUGAUGACCCCUCCGUGGCCGCCAAUAAGCUUAAGAAACAGCACAACCGAACGCUGAGUCUUCAGGACAGCCAUACGCUUAGGAACCGAUACAAUGAGAAAAGCCAAUAAUCUCCACUCAAUUCAAUUUAAUAUAAUAUAAUGUUUCGUUUGUUUUUUAAGUGUUUUUUGAAUACCAAAGUACAGUACAGUGAAAACAAUUCAAUUGUUUGAACCAAUAUUAUAGUCGAAUUGACAAUUCAUAGGAUCUUAUAUUUUUCAAUACUCGCCGCUCACUGAUACUCCAGUCCUCCGGCUCCCGUCCCUUUUAGUAUGAAAUUAAUUUGUUUAAUUUAAUUGUUUUAUUUUGACAUUUAUCCAAAGUUCAUGCAAUCCAGUCGCCGAUUUGUUGUGAACAGUAGUAUAAUUCUGAACAAAUAUUGAUGUUAUUUAUU